AUGAAUGAACAAAUUGAUUCUAGUUCCUCUAAUAUUCUUGGAGAUGGAGAUGUAUUCGAAAUAAACGAUUUUACUGUCAUCACAGAUUUUGAGGUUUUUGUUUUAUCACUUGAGAAUGUUCUGCAUGAAUUGAAAAACGAAGUGGAAAAUCAAAAUAAUACACUAAGGGAUGCUUCAAGUUCCAACAUUCAAAAAAUCGCUCACAAAGAAGUUGUUUAUGAAUCCUACAAGUUUAAAGUCGAUUAUUUUAAACAAUCCAAAUCUCUUCAAAUUGACGACAUUGAAGUUAUAUCUGGUGCUGACGUCGAUGAGGGAUCCAAUUACUUAUGCAACAAUUCCAAAGCUUUUCUUGAUGAUAAUGGCAGUUUUCGUGAAAAUUCGGUCAUUUCGAGACAGUAUGGCGUUGAUUCCGAUUUUAUUUUGCUUUAUAUGAACGACAAAAAAUAUUUUACUGACAGUGUAAUCAACAUGGUUCAAUCAGCUGUGACUGUUGCUACUGCAAAUAUUGAUUUCGACCUUCCCAUCCUUUUUCAAUUCUAUCCUGGUGCCUCAACUGGAUCGAUGCAGAACAAGAAUUGCUGUACAACUUUUGAAGGUUGUAUUCUCAACAAAUGCUUAAGCAGGCACAAAACUUUGGAUGGAGCUGUUGAAAUGUUUAAACAAAAAAUUGAUUCCCCCCUUUGUCUUGAUGAUGAAAUUAAGAUUGCCUUGCAAUAUGAUUUUAAAAAGGAUUUAUCAAACGAUGUUGACAAUUUUCAUAAAGGUUUAUCCAUGGAUGCUGGGACAAAUUGUCCGCACAAAUUUACUCUUCAACGAAUUGAUCCUUCUUUAAUCAGAGGAUUUUGUCUUAGUGCUGUGUUUAUUCAAAAUUCUUUUACUGGUGAUUCAACGGACGAAUUUGAAAUAGAAAAUGCCAAAUUUUGGAAAAUUUCUUUUGAUUUUGAUGACGAAUUUAGCUACGAACUUUGUUUGUUUUGGAAUUUUUUUGCUCAUUUACUUUAUUAUUUUUUAGCUUACACCCUUACGAGAUUAUUAGAACAUAAGGAAGAAGAAUAUUCAACCCAAACAGUCAAAUCUUUAAUACCUCAAUCAAAUACAGAAACAAAAUCUAUGGCGGCAAGUGCUUUGGGUCCUUUACUCGAUAAACCUGCUGUGAAUUUUGAACUCGUCCCAAAAUUGGACAUUUUUGGUGACGACGAUUUUAGCCAUGAAGGCUUGUCAGAUUGUCUCAAAUUUAUUAUGGAGGAGGGGAAUGCUUUUGAAUUUGGUGGGAAUGACUCGAAUAGAGAUCAAUUACUUCGCAAGCUUUCCCUCGCCAAAUCUGCCCCUCAAAAUUCUCUAACUCGCCGACUAUCAACUUGCUUGUUAACUCGAGUUGAUAAAAAUUUGGUUGGAUUUUGCCGGUUAUGGAUGAAGUUUGUGGAUAUUUUGCGUCAUUAUUGGGAAUAUAAUAUGGAUUUGCCUGGCUUUGAGAAAGAUGAAAAACCAGAUUUAUCUCAUUGCCUUUUGCAUCAAAAACUUCAAAUGAUUCAACACUGCAUUUUUGUGAAAAGAAGUCGGCAUUCUGAUUUUGAUUUUAAACAAUCAAGUGGACAGUCAAAUGAAGACGAUGAUGAAUUCUUCGAUGCACCCGAUGAUUUUAACAGUGAAGCACCAAUUAGUAAAUCUGAUGUUCCCCGUGGCCGAAGUGCACUUUUAGAACCGCCACAAUUUCUUAAGAAUAACCCGAAAGAAAGAAUUUAUAUUCCUUUAACUUUGAACAAAGGCCCAAUGACGGAGGAUCAAUUAAACAAGCACGAAUCAUUUUUACUUGAAUUGGAAGACUCUGAUCUUCGAAAUCGGGCACAAUCUGAUUUGCUGUUUUCUGACAUGCAGGCAUUCAAGGCUGCAAAUCCUGGAGCUGUUUUGGAAGAUUUUUUGUGUUGGCACUCUCCGAGGGAUUUUGUUGAUGGUGAACUUUCUGAACGCAUGAAAUUGCCUGGAAAUUUAUGGCAAGAAAAUUGGCGUAUGGUACGGCCAAUUCCGGCCUCAAAACAAAAUCGUCUUUUUAAUGAAACUAAGGAAGUUGAACAGAUUUUGCAAUAUUUUUCAACCAUCAAACUCAAAGAUUUAAUUGAUUUACUCCUUCCUGUUGUAAUUGUUCAAACAAUUGAAGUAUUAAUUCGAGAAUCAUCAGAAUGUACAUAUUCAAUAAAAGAAAAAUUAGAAGGUGUAUUGAGUGAAUUUCUUUAUGCCUCAAAAUCUGAUAAUUAUGAUAUGGAUGUUUUUUAUGAUUUAACUUCAUCACUUCGUUCAAUAGAAGAAUUCCUCUUAAAAUAUUCAUCAAUAGUUAAUUUACUUGUAGAACAGGCAAUAACAACAAACAUAUCAAUGGAAUUAAAUUCUUGUGUUUCUUCUUUGGUAAAUAAUCUUUGUCGUCCAAUUCCAAAAACAUGUAAAGAUGAACUUUCACUUAAAAAUGAAUUAAAUAAUGUUUUGAUACCUGAUUUGAAUGAAUGUCGUGUCUUGGAGGUUUUAAAAAGCUUUUUUGACAAUGAUGUUUGGAAAGAACCAAAAAGAAAACAAAUUAUUCUUCGCACUAUGGUUCCACGUCCCGGUUCAGGAUCAAGACCGAUGCCUCAAAGAAUGUACAUAUCUCAUCAAGAUGAUGAAUUUAUUUUGCGUGGUUCUUUCACUUCUGAUCUCACGUAUGCAUAA